AUGGCUUCAAAAUUAGAAGAGGAUUUCACCUGUCCUGUGUGCUGUGACAUCUUCACGGACCCUGUGCUCCUGUCAUGCAGUCACAGCUUCUGUAAAGACUGUCUGCAGCAGUACUGGGGAACCAACGGAUCCAGAGAAUGUCCAGUCUGCAGGAGGAGGUCAUCAAAGGAACAUCCUCCAGUCAGUCUAACAUUAAAGAACCUGUGUGAGACCUUUUUACAGGAGAAAAGUCAGAGCGCUUCAGCAGGGUCUGAGGUGCUCUGCAGUCUGCACAGUGAGAAACUCAAGCUCUUCUGUCUGGAGGAUAAACAGCCUGUUUGUCUGGUGUGUCGGGACUCAAAACAACACACCAACCACAAGUUCCUACCGAUAGAUGAGGCAGUAUCUGCCCUUAAGGAGGAACUGAAGAUUAGACUUGAACCCUUACAGAAAAAGCUGAAAGUGUUUGAAGAAGCAAAACGCACCUCUGACCAAACAGCAGAACACCUCAAGACUCAGGCCAAGCACACAGAGAAGAUGAUCAAGGAGGAGUUUGAGAAGCUUCACCUGUUUCUACGAGAUGAAGAGGCAGCCAGGAUAGCUGCACUGAGGGAGGAAGAGGAGCAGAAGAGUCAGAUGAUGAAGGAGAAGAUUGAGAAUAUGGGCAGAGAGAUCUCAUCUCUUUCAGACACGAUCAGAGCCAUAGAAGAGAAGAUGGGAGCUGAUGACAUCACAUUUCUACAAAACUACAAGAGCACAGUGGAAAGAGCCCAGUGCACACUGCAGGAUCCAGAGAGGGUUUCAGGAGCUCUGAUCAAUGUGGCAAAACACCUGGGCAACCUGAAGUUCAGAGUCUGGGAGAAGAUGCAGGAGAUUGUUCAAUACACUCCUGUGACUCUGGAUCCCAACACUGCACACCCAACACUCAUCCUGUCUGAGGAUCUGACCAGUGUGAGACAGGGUGAUGAGAACCAGCAGCUUCCUGAUAACCCAGAGCGAUUUGAUAAGUAUGCCUGUGUCCUGGGCUCUGAGGGCUUUAACUCAGGGACUCACUGCUGGGAUGUGGAGGUUGGAGAGAACACAUGGUGGAAUGUGGGUGUGAUGACAGAGUCUCUCCAGAGGAAGGGAAACUUUACCACCAUGAGUGGACGGUGGUAUGUGUGGUAUAAAGAUGGUGAAUAUGGAGCACGUUCUACACCACAGUCCUCCACUCUCGUCACAGUGAAGCAGAAACUCCAGAGGAUCAGAGUGCAGCUGGACUGGGACAGAGGAGAGCUGUCAUUCUCUGACCCUGAUAAUAACACACACCUACACACUCUCACACACACUUUCACUGAGAGAGUGUUUCCAUACUUUAAUGUUGAUGAGAUCUCUCCUUUCAUAAUCUCACCAGUGAAGGCCUUAGUAACAGUAGAACAGUUCAGAUAGAGCUGAUGUCAUUUCCCUUUAUCAGGUUAAUGAUGACUUGCUGUUAAUAUGUCCCCAUUAAUUAUGAAUUCCUUGACAGAAACAUAUUCAACAUAACAUGCCUAAACAUAAUAAUUACUUGCUUUUAUUUUCCACACUUUGUGUGAGGUUAGUGAAAUGUAGUCAUGUUUUUAAGUUGUUUAUCUGUUGAAUAACUGAGGUCCAUGAGACAGUGGAGCAGAACAGUUUGAGCUUGAUCA